UGUGUGUGUGUGUGUGUGUGCAGCAGCAGCACCGCUACAGUGCACGUGACCCUUCACCCAUUUCCAGUGCAGCGAGUUCUCACGCUUCUCAGCGCUAUAUAAGGCUGAAAUAACCGAGCCUAUCAAACCUGCUUCUUCACGCAACUACUCACCAGUCAGGAUGUUAUCCUAUCUUACCCGCUGGGUGUCUAGAGGUGCUUUCCAGGCACUGAAGGGGACAAGCAGUCGGCCUCAGCUGGUCAAGACACCUCAUAUUGGGAAUCAGACACUGGCAGCAGCCCCUCUGCCCUUCACUGGGGGGAGUCCAGGAGUAAGGCAGGCCCGGGCACUGGACCAGGAGAGAUUACUGCAGAUUGAUUGGGAUGAUGGGAGUUGUAGUUUGUAUCCUUUCACCUGGCUAAGGGAUAACUGCCAGUGUCCUCACUGCACACUGCAGUCAGCGCAAGCACGUAGUCUGCUGUUCACAAAUCUGGACGUGCACACCGGAAUGGACCAAGUACAGCUGAUGGACAAUAAGGUGUCCAUUACUUGGCCUGAUCAGCACAGUAGUGAUUUUGAUCCUGAUUGGCUAAAGAAACGGUGUUUUUCUUCUGAGGCAAGACAAGCUCAGCAAGAGGAGCUCUUCCUUAAUGAGCGUGAAUACUGGGAUUCAAGUCUGCAGAUCCCCACAGCUGACUUUGAGGAAGUACUACAUGAUGACAAGGCUGCCCUGGCCUGGCUAGAGGCUCUGAGACGCAUUGGCAUUGUCUACCUGAGGGGGGCGCCGGCAGAGCAGGGCCAGGUGGCCAGACUGAGUCAGAGGAUUGGCUAUCUCCGCCUCACCUUUUACGGACACACGUGGCAAGUUCAGGACAAGCCCAUGGCUAACAACGUUGCAUACACUUCUGGAGAACUGAGCCUGCACACAGAUUACCCUGCUCUGCACCAUCCACCUGGGGUUCAGUUCCUGCACUGUGUCCGUCAGGCUGAUCAGGGCGGAGAGAGUGAAGUGGUAGAUGGGUUUCACAUGGCGGAGCAGCUCCGUAGGGAGGAUCCUGAGGCGUUUAACAUCCUCUCCUCGCUCAGGGUGGACUUCACAGACAGCGGUGCUGACUUCUGUGACUUCAGUGUGCAGUCCAAAAACCACAUUAUAGAUGUGGACUCCGAGGGUCGGGUGACGAGGAUCAACUAUAACAACGCCACACGAGACUCUGUGCUGGAUGUGCCUUUGCAUCAGGUUCAGCCCUUCUACUCGUCUCUAAAAGCCUUUGUGGAGCUGCUCAGCAGGCCUGAAAAUGUGUGCACAUACAGAAUGGAACCAGGUGACUUAGUGACUUUUGAUAACUGGCGUCUGUUGCAUGGCCGAAAGAGCUACCUGUCACGAGGUCAGAACUCCAGACAUCUAGAAGGAGCAUAUCUGGACUGGGAUGAGGUCAUGUCCCGUCUCAGGAUCCUCCGGAAAGCUGUCCGUGGAGAAUGCUAGAUCCUCCACGCUACAGUGACACUCAUGAUAGGAAGCAAAGCUGAUGAAUAAUCGGUUUCUUCAAGAUAACUUUAAAAACAUCUCUUCACUGUAGAAAGUUCUGGGAUCGUAGGGAUAUUUUCUGUUUGGGCAAGUAGAUAUUUGCUCUUCUGUAGUUAAUAUAAUACUGUUAUUGUGGCCUUUUACUGAAGGAUUCUUGGAGUUUUCAGCUCUUUCUUGCAGUCAUUUUCUUUGUCUUGAUUAUUACUAGUUGUUGGAUGUAAGGGACAGUUUGCCAGCUGUAAUUUGACUUUAGUCUUAAUAUAUUAAUCACGAUAACAAAUGAUGGUGAAAUUUAGUUUGGAACUGAAUGUUUAGCAUAUGUAUGGACAACUGCCCAAACUACGGUACUAGUCUGAACUAAUACAAUGGGUUUAUUCUGAACCACUAAUGUUUUCAUCAGUCAAAUAGUCCAUGUUGUAACAAAGUGACAUCUCUGGCACAGUUGAGAGUUCGUUUGUGAUGUAUCUGAUUUUCCUUUUUAGCUCUUAUGUAUUUCGCAUGUGGUGGCAACAAAACUAAGAGUUUUUAGCCAACCUUUGUUUGUAUUUCAGGGAUUAUUGUUUUAACGGACAGUACUUUAACCCCUCCUUCACUUAAACAUAUACUGUAUGAUACAUUGACUCUUUAUCCACAAAAUAGUUUUUCCUGUUUAUGCUGUAAUGAACUAUUCAAUUUAUAUGUGCUUAUACUGUAAAUAGGAGUUCGGACAGUGAUGGGCCAUCGACUGUUUCUAGUGGUACAAAAUUAUUUAUAAGGUAAUGUCCAAAACAAAGUGCCUCUGUUUUGAUAUACUGUAUGGAGAGAGACUGGAUAGUUACUUUACUAUCAGUACUUGAAUACUGAUUGUCAUGCGCAGUGGAGAUUAAGCUCUUUGAUACUUGAAAGGCCUCCAAUAUGAAAUUGUUAUAGAAAGAAAAACUGUCUAAUUUGUACUAAUGCAGCAACAAUGCAAAGAUAGCUCAUGAUAUUUAAAGAGCUCAGGAUUAUGAGCACCUCCAGUGGGCUUUUUUUUGGACGGGUGUCCACGUAAACAAUGCAAUGUUUAUAUAUAUAUAUA